GCCUUUCACAGACGUAUAGAGCGAGAAAUCGAACCUCUUCCCGUCCGCAAAUGUCGACACUCAGCAACCCUGCAGAGACACCUGUCUUUGAUGCAUAGCACCUGCAUAAUAUCACUUCGCUUAACAGCCUUCGCUUCGCAGCCGACCUUGUCAACAGUCUCAUGCUGCCGCAUUGAUUGCUCCAGCCCGCCUAAUGCUUAGCUUGUUUUAAUCAAUGUCGAAAUCCAAAGUCGGGGAGAAAUAUCGCAAUGACAUUGCGCGAUAGUUCAUCACAAUGGCAAAGGCCAAAAUGGACCUGACAAUGUUUUCCAUCUCAUGAUGAAAGGACCUCUUGUUAACAGAGCACUUGGCUCUCUAGUUGCCAUGAUAGCCGCCAUAAAUCCAGGAUCAGCAAGCUCUAGUCUUUCCGAAAACCCGCUGGCUACCCCGGACCAGAAAAUCCUCGAUGCCCUCGCCAUUGAGAUCUACCAGAACAAUACCUUCACCGUUCUGCAGGCUGAAGCCAAACUGGCAUACCAACCCCAGGGCCCGCAGACGUCAGCUUUCCCUGAUCAGCGUGCAGCUCCUGCACGGGACUACACGAGGGUACGAUCAUGGUACGUUGGCAGGGGCUGAACUCUUCAUCGGCCACCGACUCACUCGGUAUUGAUGUUCAAGUCGUUGCAAUGCGGGACCUGCCGGCCGUUCUUCCGAGUGAGACCCGUUACGUGACAGCACAGGAGCGUGCGGUGCAGCUUGCAGACCGGAUCGCUGGGUAUGCCCAGCGUGUCGAAUAUUGAGAGUUGGCUUUCUUGAAUUACCUGCGUCUUCUUACGACUUUUUGGAGAAUCAACACUAUGCAUUUGUCAUGUCCAUCUCCUCCCCGUAUAGCCCGGGAACCCACUUCACCGGCACCACCAACCAGGCUUCCCACCCAACAUCUGCAUUCUCUCACUCAUACUGAGC